AUUCCUCCUCCUCCUCCAAAUUCCGGCCCGACGGCGCACAUCUCUCCACACUGACCCACACGACGCCCGCCGGGCAGCGGCGCAGCAGAAACUCCGUCACUGGCCGUGAAUAGCCCUAGCCCACCUAGCAAGAGUCGUGCUGGCCCAAUCCCUCCCAACUCACGGCCUCCGAGUGACUAGUCCGGGGAUUCGACGCCAGCGACGGCCACGGUGGAGAGGAGAUGUUCACGAACGCACAGCGCCAGGUCGAGCGCACCGGCCGUGGCGGCACUUCGAGAGACCAGUACCUUCAGGAUCUCGUGACCCAGUUCCAGGACUCCACUGAUGAAGAGUGCAAGGAGAGGAUAGUUGCAAACUUAUCAAAUUUCGCAUAUGACCCUUAUAACCACGCCUUUAUGCGCCAGCUGAAUAUUCUUGAGUUGUUCUUGGAUUGCAUUACGGAGUCAAAUGAAAGGCUUGUUGAGUUUGGUGUUGGUGGAAUAUGUAAUUCAUGUGUUGAUCCAGCGAAUGCUUCAGUUAUUACUCAAUGUGGCGGAAUCCCAUUGGUUAUACAAUGCUUAUCUAGCCCAGUUAGGAAUACCGUGAUUUAUGCACUUGGAGCCUUGUACUACUUAUGCAAUCCUUCAACAAAGAAAGAGAUUUUGAAACCAGACGUCCUGCGGAUGAUAAGAGACUAUUCUGCAGCUGGAGCCGUUAACAGCAGCUUCAGCAAUCUGGCGACUGCAUUCCUGGACAAGCAUGUCAACUCGUGACUUCAGUUCGGAACUGCAGAUGGUAAAGGCUUGUAGGGUUCUAUCUGCUAGAAACUAGAGAGUAGAAGCUAUGCAGGAGUUACAGUUCCGUGCCUGUUUAUCGAAGCACAACAAUAGGCAGUAGUGAGUUGGUGAUAUAAAGCUGGAACUUAUACAACCUCUGUGAACACUCAGUAAGUUUAUCAGUGUUGUUGUCACGGUAUUUAUUCCAGAAAACCGUGGAGUUGUAUAUUGUAUAGUUGAUUAGGAUUUGUGUUUGAUGAUGGUCUUGCAGUAAAAUGAAGAAGGAUAGAAUGCAUAUAUGUUGAA